AAACGCCUAAAAGGACAUUAGAGCCAUUUUCUAUAUAUUUUUGUUAUUGUUCUUCUUCUCUGUGCUUUGCCAAGUGUUGUCAAGUGUUCCUCACAACUCGUCAACAGUUUUUUUUGAACGAUUGCGCAUACGCCAUGUUAGCCCUCCCAUUGCUGAUGCUGAUGCUGCUGCUGCCGCUGCUGCUGCUGCUGGCUGGCUCCACAGAGGCCGCCUACAAGCUGCAGGAGCGCUACAGCUGGAACCAACUGGACUUUGCGUUUCCCAACGAGCGACUCAAGGAGCAGGCGAUCGCCAGCGGCGAUUACAUACCGCAGAACGGCCUGCCCGUCGGCGUCGAGCACUUUGGCAAUCGACUCUUUGUCACAGUUCCGCGCUGGCGCGACGGCAUUCCGGCCACGUUGACCUACAUCAAUAUGGAUCACAGUUUGUCGGGCUCACCGGAGCUGAUACCGUAUCCGGAUUGGCGCAGCAAUACGGCCGGAGAUUGCGCCAACAGCAUUACGACAGCCUAUCGCAUCAAGGUGGACGAGUGCGGACGUCUCUGGGUGCUGGACACGGGCACUGUGGGCAUUGGCAACACCACCACCAAUCCCUGCCCGUAUGCCGUGAAUGUCUUUGAUCUGGCCACAAACACUAGAAUCCGGCGCUACGAGCUGCGCGCCGAGGACACAAAUCCGAAUACGUUUGUAGCGAAUAUUGCCGUGGACAUUGGCAAGAGCUGCGAUGAUGCUGUUGCCUAUUUCUCGGACGAGCUGGGCUAUGGCCUGAUUGUCUAUUCGUGGGAGCUGAACAAAUCCUGGCGCUUCUCGGCCCACUCGUAUUUCUUUCCCGACCCGCUGCGCGGCGACUACAACAUUGCCGGCCUGAACUUCCAGUGGGGCGAGGAGGGCAUCUUUGGCAUGGCACUGUCGCCCAUACGCUCCGACGGCUAUCGCACCCUCUACUUCAGCCCCCUGGCCAGCCAUCGCCAGUUUGCGGUCUCCACGCGGAUAUUGCGCGACGAGUCGCGCACCGAGGACAGCUAUCAUGAUUUUAUCGCCCUGGAUGAGCGCGGUCCGAAUGCCCAUACCACGGCCCGUGUGAUGAGCGACGAUGGCAUCGAGCUGUUCAAUCUGAUCGAUCAGAAUGCCGUCGGCUGCUGGCACUCGUCGAUGCCCUACACGCCGCAAUUCCAUGGCAUUGUCGAUCGCGACGAUGUGGGUCUCGUCUUUCCGGCCGAUGUCAAGAUCGAUGAGAACAAGAACGUUUGGGUGCUGUCCGAUCGCAUGCCCGUCUUUUUGCUCUCCGAUCUCGACUACAGCGAUGUCAAUUUCCGCAUCUAUACCGCGCCGCUCGGCGCUCUCAUCGACAACACCGUCUGCGACUUGAGGAACAAUGUGUAUGGUCCCUCGAAUUCGGUCAAUUCGCCCAAGCAGCAGCCUCAGCCGCAGCCCGCUGGACCGCCAGCUAUCUAUAAGCCAUAUCGUCCGGCUGCGGUGCUGCCGCAGAAACCGCAGCUAUCGACCAGCUGGGCGCCAUCGCCGCCCACUCGCACCUAUUUGCCGGCCUCCGCUGGCGGUGCAGUCAAUCUCGCACCUGGCCGGAGCAUCUCCAGCGUCAGCGUGUCGACUGGUGUGGAUGUGCCCAAGGCAUAUGUCUUCAAUCAGCACAACGGACUCAACUAUGAGACGAGCGGACCGCAUCUCUUCCCCACGCAUCAGUCGGCCACGCAGGGACGGGAGGCGCUCAAGAGCUAUGUGAAUGCCCGCCAAGCCGGCUGGUGGCAUCAUCAUCAUUAGGUCAGAGGCGACUCAGCGACUUCCUCUUCCUCGUCCUCGUCCUCGUCCUCGUCGACAAACGCCUUCACUUUUUUUUCGCACCUUUCACUUUUAAG